AGUAGGUCUCGUUAUAUCAAUCUGGAGUAAAUUGUAAGCAGUUUUAGAUUUAAAUUUCAAGUACCACCACCCGACAAGCAAAUGCAGCGCCGCACCACCCAAAGAGCGUAAUUCGAUUCCCCACCGCUAACAUUGUUUGAACAGCAGCCGGUGUGGUUUGAAUUUCGCGCCAAUUGAAGGCGAACCGGUUAACAGCCAGCCCAGCCGCUUACAAAUAGUGUCAUCGCUAGCUAAGUUAGCCACGUUGCGCAGCACUGGUUGCGCCUAUCGCACGCGAAGAAGGGGAGGAGAAGUAGAGGAGAAAAACAAAAUUGUGAAAAGUGUAAAGUUCGGGCAAAAUCGAAGGAAAAGUCUGGCUACGGAGAGAGCGCUCGCUAACCCAACGAAUAGGGGACCCGAGAAAGACGAAGAAAUAGCGAAAAACAGUACCACCUGUCCAGCCUGCCUUUUACCUCACCCUUUACCUUUCAAUUUAAUAUUUUCCUACCCACACUGACACACAGACCCCACACAACCGCAAAAAACUAACACAUCUGCACGUUCACUGUGAGAUUCUUUUUUGCGAAACCGAAAAAAUCCAAGACGAAGGCCACAAAACCCAACAGCAGCGCAAACAAACGCUCCAAAUGCGUGCACCCAGAUAUUGAAAAGUGAUUGGAACUAAAAACGAGUAGGAAUAGUGCCGAGUCACGCGGAAUCAGCAAAAGAUUGGAUUGCAAUAUCCGGAGGAAGACGAGCAGAAACAGGUGCAGGAACAGGAGGCGAAGGAGCCAGGAACCCCGGGCGCAGGAGCCUUGAGCAGCAUCCAGAACCUGGUGAAGCCAUAUCCAAACAGCCAUGUCCAUGCGGACGAAGGUGCUCGGGCUGGUGGACGUGAUGAUGCGCGUGCCACCGGUGAUGGUCAUCGACGAAAUUCUGAAGAUUGGCAUGGGCCUGCCCACGCGCCUCUACCCGGAGAAGUCCAUUCCAUCUGAUAGUGCCACCGCCUCGUCCGAAUCCCUGCCCACGGAAAGCCCCUCCCUCAGCUCCGUAGACACCAGCCAAGACCCCUUCGCCACUAUCAAAGCCUUCUUUGGCCUGGGCGACGGAGCGGACCAGGUCUCCCCGGCGGCUGGUGGGGCACAAGCUGCCCUCGAGCAAUCCAUUGAAAAUGCCUCCAGAAACGCGCAGUCCGAUGGAAUGCUCAGCUCAGGAUUCAACAGUCUGAUGGAUGAGCUGGCACACGACGAGACGCUUUCCGCCAUGCUCAGCAUCACAACGGUUAAGUUCGUCAUCUGCCUGUUCGGUUUCCUUACCGCCGCUUGCAUCUUCAUGCUGUGGACCCGUCACCUGGUGAUGGUGUACAUGUUCCUCACCUCGCUCGGCCUGACCUUUCUCUCCUACUGGUCCAACGUGAGCGCCCUGGCCCUGAUGGAGCAGAGUCCCUGCAUUUUAGAAGAUCUCAUGUCGCUCAAUACGACGCGACUCCUAGACUCCGGAGGGGUGGUCAUGUCGCUGGCGCCCCAUCUUAUAGCCCAGUGGUUUAUGGGAAUGCUGUUUGCCUACAUCCACCUGGGACCCAGGUUCGAGAUGCUCCAGAAGUCGAUGCCAAUCAUAUUUGCUAGUCCUAUUCUGGUAGCCAUGCUGCCGCUGCCGCCGAAACUAAUCCAUCACCUGCCGGUGGUGGCCGGCUUUACGCCCAUCAUCCUCACCAAGAUCACCCUGAUGCACAGCGCCAUGGAGGCCAGUCGCACCGUUUACAAUGGCUACCAGUAUGCGAUGAACUUUGUGUCCAACUUUGGCCUCUCGGCUCUCAUCGAAAACGAGUGGCAACGCCUCAAUGUCCCCAAUGUUCUGAGGGUGUUUUGGACCAUUAGAAUAAUUCAAGGGGGCUAUGCUCUCGCCACCGCGGAAAAAGAUGAACCAUUGGAGUUCAUGGCAGCGACUCAGAAGCUUCUAGUCGACGGCUGUGAGACGCUGACCGCAGUCCUGGGAAUGACAGGUGUCAUUUCGAUGAUAUGCCACUAUAUAGGACGGGGCUUUCAGUGGUAUCUGCUCACCUACGACACCGACGAGGAGAAAUCAUUGGGCACCGUGUCGGCGGUGCUCUUCUACAUCCUCGCAUUGCAAACCGGACUCACCUCGCUGUCGCCGGAUAAGCGCUUCGUGCGUCUAUGCCGCAACCUGUGCUUGCUGAUGACUGCCCUGCUGCACUUCCUGCACAACAUUGUGUCCCCCAUCCUGAUGUCCCUGAGCGCGGCACGAAAUCCCUCUCGAAAGCGUCAUGUCCGGGCCCUCUCUGUGUGCGCCUUUCUCGUGGUGAUGCCGCUGUCGCUGCUCUACUACCUCUGGACCCAGAGAUCCAUCUCCACUUGGUUGCUGGCGGUUACCGCAUUCUCUGUUGAAGUAAUCGUGAAGGUGCUGGUUUCGCUGGCUACAUACACGCUCUUCCUGCUGGACGCUCGCCGCCAGUUCUUCUGGGAGAAGCUGGACGACUACCUCUACUAUGUGCGCGCUUUCGGCAACUCGGUGGAGUUCUGCUUCGGCAUCCUACUGUUCAUAAACGGCGCCUGGAUACUGAUCUUCGAAUCGGCUCAAAAUGCUACAGGCGGCGCCAUCAGAGCGAUCAUGAUGUGCAUCCACGCCUACUUUAACAUAUGGUGCGAGGCCAGAGCAGGUUGGUCGGUCUUCAUGAAGCGGCGGUCGGCGGUCCACAAGAUCUCCGCCCUCCCAGAGGCAACUCCUGCUCAGCUGCAGGCCUUCGACGACGUCUGCGCCAUUUGCUACCAGGAAAUGUACUCUGCUAAGAUCACACGAUGUCGCCACUUCUUCCACGGUGUUUGCCUGCGCAAAUGGCUGUAUGUGCAGGACCGGUGCCCCCUGUGCCACGAGAUUAUGAUGUAUACGGACAAGGCGGAGGAGAGCACACCGGAAGCGGAACCAUCACCAGCGGCUCAAGCUGAACAGCCUCUACGAAUUUAUCCCAGAGACGAUGGAAACAACGCCGGAGCGGCUCGUCGGUCACCUGAACGGGUACUUGGAGAAGCGCCAGAAAGUGCCAACACCUCCAACGCCUCUGUGGCUGUCGCAGGCGAGGCAUCUACUUCCAGCGUGGGGGAACAGCCGCAGGCUGUCUCGGAAACGAGGUCCCUCUCGGCCUCUGGAGGGAACAGCAAUGCCAGCGCCAGCAGCAGUUCCAGCUAUAUCACGGCAUCCGCCCAGCCUCCUCCGCCAACGGCUACUUCAGCUGCAGCGGUCGCCACGGCGGCGGCCAGCAACACGACGCACAUGUUCCGGAUGUCGCAGGACCAGCAGUGAGCAGCUGGGAGACGCACUCCGCGUACCUCCUCUAAUUUCUUUAUCUAAUCACUUGGAUAUGUUCUGUGUGUUAGUGUACUUAUGUAAAAAUGCGGUUCUUUUUAGCAACAAGGGUUUCUCUACUUCUUCAAA